AUAAAGUUUUUUAUUUAAAAGUACAAAUAAUAGUAUUAAGAAGUUGAACAGUGGCCAGUCUAGUAAAUAUGUCGGCUAGUUAAGCAUUAUUGAAUAAAUAAUAAAAUAAAUAAAUAUCCCGAAAAUUAAGAGAGAAAAAAAGGCAAAGAAAAGAAGAAAAAGCUAGACCUGGUAGCUUUUGCAGACCUUUUGGGUAGUAGUUGUCCUGGUCUCAGAUCAUCAUCAUCAUCUCUUUCCGACAACAACUCUGUUGUUCUUUCUCUUCUCCCGUGCGAGCUCUCUGUCCUAAUCUCCCCCCCCUGCUCCUCGAUCUUCUUCUUUUUUGAGUUGAAUAGCUUCUCUGAUAAAAACGGAAUCUUUCUUCCUUUUGUCUUUUUGGUCUUAGUGACUUUAUUAUUGGUCUCUCUCCGGAGAUUCCGCGUGUGAGAAAAAAAAGUCUUGCUUUUUUUUUUUGAUCUCUCUCUGAGAUUCCGAGAAACUGGUGGCUCUGUCGGAAGUACAAAGCAGAGAUCUUUGAGUCAACAUUUCAGAUUAGUCAUUAAAAGAAACGAUUUUUUUACUUUCUUCCUGUGGUGGAAAGAAAGUUGAGGGCUUUUAUGUCUGUGAUGAAGAUGAAGCUUUAAGGGAAAGGUCUCAGCUUUGUAUUAAGAUCAGAUUCAGAUUUUUAUUAUUGGGUCAAGGACUCAGGAGUACAAAGCUCAAUUAAUCAUGAAAGCUCCUUCAUCAAAUGGAGUUUCGAAUCCUGAGGAAGGAGAAAUGAGAAAUAUAAAUUCAGAGUUAUGGCACGCUUGUGCUGGUCCACUGAUAUCGUUGCCUCCAGCGGGAAGUCUUGUUGUUUACUUCCCUCAAGGUCACAGUGAGCAAGUCGCGGCUUCAAUGCAGAAGCAGACUGAUUUCAUACCAAGCUACCCUAACCUUCCUUCUAAGCUCAUUUGCAUGCUUCAGAAUGUUACAUUGAAUGCUGAUCCUGAGACUGAGGAGGUCUAUGCGCAGAUGACUCUUCAGCCAGUAAACAAAUAUGACAGAGAUGCAUUGCUUGCCUCUGACAUGGGUCUUAAGUUAAACAGACAACCUAAUGAAUUUUUCUGCAAAACCCUCACGGCGAGUGACACAAGCACUCAUGGUGGAUUCUCUGUACCACGACGAGCAGCUGAGAAAAUCUUCCCUGCUCUGGAUUUCUCGAUGCAACCACCUUGUCAAGAGCUUGUUGCUAAGGACAUUCACGAUAACACAUGGACUUUCAGACAUAUUUUUCGAGGUCAACCAAAAAGGCACCUGCUAACCACAGGGUGGAGUGUAUUUGUCAGCAAUAAAAGGCUCUUUGCUGGGGACUCUGUUCUUUUUGUAAGAGAUGGAAAGGGACAACUUCUGUUGGGUAUAAGACGUGCAAAUAGACAACAACCUGCGCUUUCUUCAUCUGUAAUAUCUAGUGAUAGCAUGCACAUUGGAGUUCUUGCUGCUGCAGCUCAUGCUAAUGCUAAUAACAGUCCUUUCACCAUUUUCUACAACCCGAGGGCUGCUCCCGCUGAGUUUGUGGUUCCUUUAGCCAAGUAUACCAAAGCUAUGUACGCUCAGGUUUCACUCGGUAUGCGGUUUAGGAUGAUAUUUGAGACAGAAGAAUGUGGAGUUCGUAGGUAUAUGGGUACAGUUACUGGUAUCAGUGAUCUUGAUCCAGUGAGAUGGAAGAACUCUCAGUGGCGGAAUCUUCAGAUUGGAUGGGAUGAGUCAGCUGCUGGUGAUAGGCCCAGUCGAGUUUCAGUUUGGGACAUUGAACCAGUUUUAACUCCUUUCUACAUAUGUCCUCCUCCAUUUUUUCGACCUCGGUUUGCUGGGCAACCCGGAAUGCCAGAUGAUGGGACUGACAUGGAGUCUGCGUUAAAGAGAGCAAUGCCGUGGCUUGACAAUGGCUUAGAGAUGAAGGACCCUUCCAGUACUAUAUUUCCUGGUUUGAGUUUAGUUCAGUGGAUGAGUAUGCAGCAACAGAACGGCCAGGUACCUUCUGCUGCUGCACAACCUGGUUUCUUCCCGUCAAUGCUCUCUCCAACUGCGGCUCUGCACAACAGUCUUGGCGGCGCUGAUGAUCCCUCCAAGUUACUGAGCUUUCAGACGCCUCAAGGGGGGAUUUCCUCAUCAAACCUUCAGUUUAACAAAACGAAUCCGCAAGCGGCAAUGUCUCAGUUACCUCAGCCGCCAACUACAUUGGCUCAACAACAGCAGCUGCAGCAAUUGUUGCACUCCUCAUUGAACCAUCAGCAACAACAGUCACAUCCUCAACAACCACAAUCGCUUCAGCAGCAACAACAACCACAAUCACUGCAGCACCAACAACAAUCACUGCUGCAGCAGCAGCAGCAACAACAACAACAACAAUCGCUGCAGCAACAUCAUCAACAACCACAACAGACUCAGCAGCUGCAGCAGCAGACUCAUCAGCAGCAGACUCAUCAGCAGCAGCAGCUACAACAACAGCAGCAGCAGUUAAGAGCGCAGCAACUGCAAUCUCAUACGCACCCACAGCCACAGUCACAGGCACAACAGUCACAGCCACAUAAGUUGCAGCAAUUUCAGCUUCCGCAGAAUCAGCUUUAUAAUGGUCAACCAGCAGUGCAGCAGCAUCAGACACAGCAAGCAUCUAUGCAUCAUUUGCAACCCCAAGUAGUUUCGGGAUCAAUAGCAAGUAGUGUCAUCGCGCCUCCGUCUAGUUCUCUUAAUCAAAGCUUUCAACAGCAACAACAGUCUACGCAGCUUCAACACACACAUCGCCAUAUAGCAGCUGGCACUAGCCAGAGUAGUGUAAUUGAAGCCAGCAAGUCUUCAUCUAAUCUGAUGUCCACACCACCGCAAGACACGCAAUUUUCACGACAAAUGGAACAGCAGCAGCCUCCUGGUCUUGUCCAGGGACACAAUCAGCAAACACUCGUGCAGCAGAAAACUCAACAGUCACAGGCUCAACAAAUAUUCCAGCAGAGUCUCUUGGAACAACCGCAUUUACAGUUUCAGCUGUUGCAGAGGUUACAACAGCAGCAACAACAGCAGCAGCAAUUUCUUUCGCCAGGAAGCUCGAGUUUGCAGUCUCAAUUACUCCACCAACAGCUACAAAGCCAGCAGUUGCAACAGCUACCUUCUCCUUCUCGAGGUCAGCAGUUUCCGUCUUCCUGCACUAACACUGUCUUACCGACAUUGCAACCACCUCAAAUGCUGGUGAGCCGGCCUCAGGACAAACAAAAUGCACCUGUUGGAAGAGGGGCCAAAGCUUAUUCAGGCAUCACAGAUGGAGGAGAUGCACCUUCCUCUUCAACCUCGCCUUCCACCAACAACUGUCAGAUCUCUUCUUCAAACUUCCUCAACAGAAGCCAAAGUGGGCCAGCGAUCUUGAUACCUGAUGCAGCUGUUGAUGUGUCUGGUAGUCUUGUCCAGGAUCUUUACAGCAAAUCCGACAUGCGGCUAAAACAUGAACUCGUUAGUCAGCAAAAGCCUAAAGCUAGUUUAACAGAUCAUCAACUAGAAGCGUCUGCCUCUGGAACUUCUUACGGUUUAGAUGGCGGUGAAAACAACAGACAACAGAAUUUCUUGUCUCCAAACUUUGGCCUGGACGGUGAUUCCAGAAACAGCUUGUUUGGCGGAGCCAAUGUGGAGAAUGGCUUUGUACCUGAUACGUUGCUCUCGAGGGGAUACGACUCCCAGAAAGAUCUCCAGAACAUGCUUUCAAACUAUGGAGGAGUAACCAAUGACAUUGGUACAGAGAUGUCUACUUCAGCUGUAAGAACCCAAUCUUUUGGUAUCCCUAAUGUACCUGCCAUUUCAAACGAUCUAGCUGUAAACGAUGCUGGAGUUCUUGGUGGCGGAUUAUGGCCAACUCAGACUCAAAGGAUGCGAACUUAUACAAAGGUGCAAAAGCGAGGUUCAGUAGGGAGAUCAAUUGACGUCAACCGUUACAGAGGUUAUGAUGAGCUGAGGCAUGAUCUAGCACGGAUGUUUGGGAUCGAAGGACAGCUUGAAGAUCCACUAACAUCAGACUGGAAACUUGUCUAUGUAGAUCAUGAAAACGACAUUCUUCUUGUUGGUGAUGAUCCGUGGGAGGAAUUUGUAAACUGUGUUCAGAGCAUAAAGAUCCUUUCAUCAGCUGAGGUUCAACAGAUGAGCUUAGACGGGAACUUUGCAGGUUUACCAGCUACUAAUCAAACUUGUAGUGGCGGUGACAAUGGCAAUGCUUGGAGAGGUCAUUAUGAUGAUAACUCGGCCAACUCGUUUAACCGGUGA